UGAUGACUCUAUAAUUCACCUCUCCGAAUUUAAAGAAAGUAGGACAAUGUAUACGUAUCAUCCUUUUCUUAACAAAACGAAAACAUGGCUUUGUUUUAAAUAAUUCUUGCGAUUAUCUCGACGGAAACCUUUUUUCACGGCUAAAUCUACAAGAAACUAUGGCUUUCACUAACUGGAACAGAGCAUCUUUAUGGUGCUGUCGGGGAAGAACAUAAACAAACUUCGUCACCGAAACAGAUUAUUCGACGUCUUCGUCUUCUUUCUUCUAGCAGGUUCAAAAUCACAAGUCCAAGGAUACAACGCUGGAAACAACGAAUUAUUACUCUUGAACAAACAUGGAUGACCAAACAAGAAAUACGCCUGUAAGCGUUGGCGUUUAUAGCAACGCUAAACAAAUUGCAAAAGAGCGCACAGACCAUGGACAGACAACUUGCACCGACAUGAAAGACUCGUUAUCUAGGUUUCCUUCCGAUGAUUCAGUCUCGAUUGUUUCUGAAGUAAGAUCUAAAGCACACACCAAAUCUUUGACGUUAAUGGUCUCAAGCUCAAGCGUCGUACUGGUCGGUCAGUCAAGCAUAGAACAAGGAAAAAAUGAUCAUUGCUGUGGCCAAGAAAAGCUUUCUAAAGAAGUACAAGCCGAUUGUCGAAAGGCAGACUCAGAUGGAAUUGUUUCAUACAAUGUUGAAAAACCGAUGCCCUUAAUCAAGAAACAAGGGUAUCUCAAAGGACCACAAUGCGAGAGAAUCCUGGAAAAGCUUGAGAUUUUGCAAGACAAUGGACAUUUUAACGAACACGAGCAAUUAGUCACGUCGUUGCUUCAGCGUUGUGCCAAUGGAAAGGAACCUGACUUGGAGUUGGCCUUAAAAAUAGAGCGAGGAGUGGCCUUUACUUAUCAGAGAGAGUCUCGAAAAAGCAAGAGUAUGUUUACCUCAGUCAUACAAUCAGACAAAAACAAAACGUGUCAUGCACUUAAUUCGAAUAUUCUGAUGGCAAGAGCCUACUUUUUACUUGUGGCUGACAAAAGAAGAAGAAAGGGUGUGAAGUUACCUAGGCUCUUUGAAUACCUUGAGCGCAGCGAGUUUUUGUUGCAAAACUACGACUCGCCGGAAGAUUGGGCCGAACUCUACCAAAAAUACGGUCACCUUUGGAUGGAUCGCAUGAGCCUUAUACCGGAUGACCAGCGGAAUGCACAGGCGCGUACAAUCGUCAAAGAAAAGGCGAUAUACUUUCUUAAGAAAGCUAUCUCUUGCAGCCAAGAGGAUCCUCGACUAAGGGUCCAGGCCAAAAGGCAAAGGUACACUCAUCUCAGUCUUGCAGCAUUACGCCUUGAUUGUGUUUCAACUGCCACGCGAACCCAAGCGAAACCUAUUCCAUUAACUGACAUAAAAGAAGCAGAAGAACACCUCAAUUUCGUUCAGCAUAAUCUUGGUGACAGUAUCCCCACAGGCACAAGAGUACUGCUCUUGAAAAAACGAUCGGAUCAGUUUUAUCGCCAAGGGCGUCUGCAACUUGCAAAGGAGAAAGCUGAGGAGGCUCUUAAUCUCGCCUCCUCUAAUAAAUUUAACACCGAAAUAGACCCACUGCAAGGACGUAUAACGUUUCUCGACGAUAAAAUUGAAAAAAACAAGCUAGUUGUUUCUACAGAACUCGAGCAUUCAAGUAGCGAAACCUGUUGCAGUGAAUAAAUAUUGGAAAGAUGGAGAAAGAUGUCGAUGCAAAAAGGAAAUCUAGUCCAAAAGAAUAUUUCUUCCGAACCAAUCAUUCAAGUCUUUUUCUUUCUAUCGAGGAAAAUAUCAGUUUCUUCGCCUUCCCUCUAAAACCGCAGGUCGAUGAGUACAUAAUAAUUCCUCGAUUCCUGAAUAGUGGCAAACCAGAAAGAAAAAGUGUUGUUAUUGUGCAAUUUUGAAAAUUUUUUUCUGAAAAAGUUCGCCUUAGCCGACGCAGAUUAAAAUUAACAUCACGUCAUUCAAUUUCCUGACAAAACUGACACGGAUUGUCGCCCGGUAAGAGAGUUCUGCUUUCAUUGUUAAGCAGUUUACUGACCUCGUUCAACAGCAAAGGAAAGUACAAAUGAUGUAAUGAUAUAAUGCCUGAUGACUCACGCGACGAAUUUUUGCCGGAAAACGAACGUGAGGGAUGCAAAAAACUAAGCCACUAUCUACGCACCUACGUUAGCAGUCGCCAGCAGUCGCUAACAGUCGCCUGGGUUAUUAUAUCGUGUUGCGUCAGUAUUGCAGCAAGCCGUAUUAAGCAAUAACAAAGAUAUAAAGGGAAUUUCCCUUUUGAUUACAAUAAACCUAUUCAUAUGUAAAUUGCAUUUAUGAGGGCUGAAUACUUAAACUUUAAAGAAAAAUUCGCGAGGGAUCUCUUUGAUGAAAGUUGCUUUUUCGAUCAUAAUUCCAAGAAACCCUCGCUGCAAACAGAUCG